GUUCCUUCAUUCCUGCCACAUCAGAGACCAGCCAACAAUGGCUGCCUCCACCAUGAAGCUGGUGACAGUCCUCAUGCUGGUGGCCCUCCCCCUCUACUGCUAUGCAGGUUCCGGCUGCCAACUUCUCAAGGAUGUGGUUGAAAAGACAAUUAAUCCUGAACUGUCCAUGACUGAAUAUCUAGCAGCUCUUCAAGAGUUCAUAUCAGAUGAGGCCACUGCAAAGGCUGGAGAGGAAUUCAAGCAAUGUUUUCUCAACCAGUCAAAUGAAACUCUGACCAAUUUCAGAGAGAUGAUGGUAAUUUCAGUUUUUUCUUAUGUGCUUUUAAACCACUGGACAGGGACAAGCAGGCUCUAA